AUGCCUCCCGUUCAGCAACUCGACAACUUCCCCAGCAUUCCCGACGAAUCUCUGAUCCACAACGAUGCCCUGUCAACUGAUAACGACCCAGCUGCUAGCAAUGAGUUGAUCGCUACCAACACACUAGUCGCCCGAGCCGAUUCAACCAAGACAUACAAUCCCGGUCAUGGCACCAUCAACCCUAACAGUAUCAACAUGCAGGGCCUGCUGGCCCUCUUUGCCUUGCUUGGAGCUGCCUUUGUCCUCGCGGCUAUCUGGUUCUUCUUCUGGGCCAAGAAUGGUGGAUUCGUUUGGAGGAAGGGUGAUUGGGAAGAGUACAAAUCUACUGUGCUCCGGCGGAAGGGUCCUGAUGGUCGCACCCUCAGUAACGCGACAAAGAGUACGAAGCUGGGUGGAGGCAGUAUCGUCGGCAAAGGCUACAGCGAUGACGGAUACACGGUGACGGACAGCGCCCCCGGAUAUACCGACACUGCGACAACGGUCAGCGAGAAGGAACCCAAGCGCAAGCGCAACUUCCGGGAAACGGCCAAACAGAAACUGCUCCGUCGGCGCAAGGAUGAGCAGUGGGAGGGUGAAGCGGAUGAGGAUGUUCGCGCCUAUCGCAAGGAAAAACCGGCGAGAAUCGGUGGUAUCAACAGAGAGGCUGACGGCACCUACUACGGAAGCGACUACGAUACCUCAAACCCACCCAGCAACUACCAACAGAGCGAGAUGAGCCAGGUCCGCGACUACGCCUAUGAGCCCGCCCGGCAGAGCCGCAACUUUUCCUUCACCCCCGGAACCGAAGAUGUCAUCAGUCAACCGCCGACAGAACCACGCGCAGUGCGUGAGCCUUCCGCUCGUCGACACAACCGUCGCCUACUCAACUGUCGAUACGGAGGAGGAGUCGGGAACCAAGAGUUACCAUCAUCCGAUUCCGGGGUUGAGCAAGGGAUACCGUCGUGA